UUUGACCUUUGAUUACGCUUGUCCGCCAUUUUGACCCGUGCGAGGGUGUCAUUUCUCUCCAAUCUGAGGCGAUUUCCAACUUACUUCGGCUCUAAACCUACUCUGGGCAGUUUUAAAAGACAGAAAAUGAUGAACUGGAGAAGCUGUGAGAUUCCUGUGGACGAGAUGGCAACUGUGUACCCUGGGAACGAGACAAGCAGCAGCGAGGACCCGGCAACAGACACGGGAGGACAGCAGGACAAGGAAGAGGACAUUCUAUCGGAGGAAACGUACGGGGUAAACUCUGUCCAUCCUCCCGUACAGAGUCAAACAGAGCAGACGGACGGGCCUGUGGUGAAGGGUACUGUGGACAAUCGCUACAAAUGUGACCAGUGUGACUAUUCUGCUACACAAAAAUGCCAUUUAUACACACACACGGCUAAACACACUGGAGACAAACCCUACAUGUGUGGGGAGUGUGGAUUCAGGACAGCUAACAGGUCUAACCUAACCGUGCAUAUGAGAAAACAUACAGGUGAGAAACCCUACAAAUGUGAAAAGUGCGACUAUUCUGCUGCAGGGAAAGGCGAUUUGAAUAGGCACAUGAUUAAACAUACCGGAGACAAACCCUACAUGUGCGGGGAGUGCGGCUUUAGGAUGUCUGACAGGACUACCCUAACUAGACAUAUGAGAAAACAUACUGGGGAAAAACCCUACAAAUGUGGCCAGUGUGACUUUUCUGCUGCACAGAAAGUUCAUUUAGACAGACACAUGACUAAACACACUGGAGAAAAACCCUACAUGUGUGGGGAGUGCGGAUUCAGGACAGGAUACAAGUCUGCCUUAUCCACGCAUAUGAAAAAGCAUACUGGGGAAAGACCCUACAAAUGUGACCAGUGUGAUUAUUCUACUGCACAUAAAAGCAAUUUAGACAAACACGUGUAUAAACAUACCGGAGAAAAACCCUACAUGUGUGGGGAGUGCGGAUACAGGACGGCUGAAAGGUCUAGCCUAACCAUACAUAUGAGAAAACAUACAGGGGUAAAACCCUACAAAUGUGACCAGUGUGACUAUUCUGCUGCACAGAAAGGUCUUUUAGACCGACACAUGACUAAACAUACAUGAGACAAACCCUACAUGUGUGGGGAGUGUGACCAUAACCUAACUGUGCCUAUGAGAAAACAAACAGGAGAAAAUCCCUACAAGUGUGUUCAGUGUAACUAUUCUUCUGCGCAUAAGAGUUCUUUACAACGACACAUACUAGUAGCUACGCAUGGUGGUGUGAAACCCUAAAUCUGUGACCAGUGCGACUACGCUGCUACACGGAAUAUCCAUUGGUGCCGAAACAUGGCUAAACACACUGGUAACAGGUCAGCUCAGAGCAGCAACCCUUCCAUACAUAUGGGAAAGCAUAUGGGUGGAAAAAACCCUACAAGUGUGACCACUGCGGAUAUUCCACAUCACGGAAUGUAACUUUAGUUCGCCACCUAGCAAAGUACACUGUUGAAACGCCUUAAAUGCAGGUUAAAUGUAUCCAAAUGUAUAUAUAGAUAAGUUAGAAUGCAGAAGUACACUUGCCUUAUAUGUUUAUAUAACAAUUGUUUAUGCAGAAACGUUACAAUGAAGACGUUUUGUCCGUGUUUUAGUGGACAAAAAUUCUCGAUUUUGUACACUAAGUGGCUGAUGUCAGCUUCUGUGCUGUGGCGAGUCUUGCGUGAGAAUCAACGAUAAUGGUGAUGAUAAGAAAGUAACUUAAUUGAAAAUGACUUUUUUCCUGGUUACUAGUGAAUUCUUUCAUCAGUGGCAACUUUGGAAGGAUAAGGAUACUAACCUC